CCAAAUAGCCGAACAUAAACUUUUAAGUCCUAGACAAAACCUAGCAAAAUUCCCCGGCAAUGGCCGCAAUCAGUCUCCGCAAAGGCAAUACUCGCCUUCCGCCGGAGGUGAACCGCGUUCUCUACGUGCGCAAUUUACCGUUCAAUAUAACGAGUGAGGAAAUGUACGACAUAUUCGGGAAGUACGGCGCCAUAAGGCAGAUCCGCAUCGGGACGAACAAGGAUACUCGCGGCACCGCCUUCGUGGUGUACGAGGAUAUCUACGACGCCAAGACUGCCGUCGACCACCUGUCGGGGUUCAACGUGGCGAACCGGUAUUUGAUUGUUUUGUACUACCAGCAGGCGAAGAUGAGCAAAAAAUUUGAUCAGAAGAAGAAGGAAGACGAGAUACAGAAGCUUCAGGAGAAGUACGGGAUCGGUACUCCUGCUUCCAGAGAUAAGUAGUGAACUUUGAGUCUGUAAAACUACAAGAUUAUUGAAAAUAAUUGCUGUUGCUCUUGAAAAAGAAGUUCUAUUUGAAUAGAUGUUGUGGUGGUGUAAAGAUGUGAAUUGUUGGAUUGAUGGUAAUUUGAGGAACUAAUGCGAGCUGGGUUUUUGCUCUUCCUAUUUUUUCUUCUUCUAGUUAAGAUUUAUUUAAUGUAACUAUGAAUUGCCUUAUUUUUAAACAGAAUUCUGAGUCGCAGAGAAUGUCUCGUGUUGAAUGAUUGUUAGCUCA